CCUUUAAACCAUAAUCCUCUAUGAUUUUCCUAAACGUACGCUGGUUGGCCAAUAAAGAAUAAUGUACAGAGUUUUGGCAAAUCACAGAGCGCCAUACAUUAGAGAAUGCUGAUAGAGGAGUAUUCACCGACUCGUAAUUUUCGUAAAUGAGAGAACGCCACGUCGCUUUCAGAUAAAUCCGUUCCCAGAGCGAACGUAGAGGAGAAUUUUCAGGUGUAUUCUAGGCAACAUUUUGUGAAAUAUCUCACCAUGCAAGCAUAUUCAAGAAGGAGCCCGGCUGUCAAGCGGCUGAUGAAGGAAGCUCAAGAAUUGAAGGAGCCUACUGAGCAAUACUUUGCUCAGCCACUAGAGGACAACUUAUUUGAAUGGCACUUCACAGUACGAGGCCCUCCAGACUCUGACUUCUCCAAGGGUGUGUUCCAUGGUCGUAUCACUCUACCGCCAGAGUACCCCAUGAAACCACCCAGUAUCAUGCUCCUUACACCUACAGGAAGGUUUGAAGUGGGCACCAAGAUUUGUCUUUCCAUCUCUGGCCAUCAUCCUGAAACAUGGCAACCAUCAUGGAGCAUCCGAACAGUACUUUUGGCCAUCAUAGGCUUCAUGCCAACAAAGGGUGAGGGUGCUAUAGGCUCGCUAGACUACACACCUGAUGAGAGAAAAGUGCUUGCCAGAAAAUCACAAGAAUGGAAGUGCGAGACUUGUGGCACACCAAACCGUAGCAUCCUCCCUCCUGUCACCGCCAAGUCAGCAGCCAUACAGAAAGAAGCUGCAGAACUGGCAGCUCAAAUCCAGUUCAAGAAAGAGGAGAAGAAGCCAUCGAGUACAUCAGAAUCAUCCCCGCCCCCUCCAGCCGCAGCCCCAGGGAACAACCAUGUGCCUCCCCCCGUUCCACCGCAUCCCUUCAACGCAAUGAACCCUCCUAUGGGUCCAAUGCAGCCCCCUUUUAUGCCUCUACAACCGAACUUCAUGAUGCCUGGCCAGGGGCAAUUUGGCAUGGCCAACAACCACAAUCCACCGACACCUCAGCAGCCAUCCGACGUCGGAAACGCCCAACCGCAGGUGGCAGCAGAUACAAACAGUACCGAACCUUCCAGUGGCAAUCAGGCGUCUGCCUCACUGCCCGUAAGCCAAUCAUCGUCUACCAGUAAUAGUUCAAACAGUGACGGGCUGAGACAGAGAACUAAUGUUUCUAGUCAAUCCAAUGUGUCUCCCCCUUCCGGUGGGCAUAGCCCCCAUCUGACAGAGGAAAGAGGACUCCAGGGGAUACUAUGCCCCCUCGUUACAAUGAGCAUCUUCAGCUUCGUCAUUAUCAUCCUCAUCUUCCGAAGGUUAUACACCACGUAUGCCUACAAGUUCUCAUGAUGGCUCGUCCUUCAGACCUCGCUUACGAGUGAUGCGGUUGUGCACCUCAAGGAGUAAUACCAUGUGCUAACUACGAACUAGUCUAUUAGCCAUGUACAAUGCACAAAAUUUGGAAAGCAUUAAUUUUAGCCAUGAAAUAUUUCCCAAUUGGAUUUUGUUUUAAAAAAUCCAAAGUAUUUUACAAAAUAUUAUUUGCAAGAGGGCUUUAUACAAAUGUGGUCAUUUUGUAUUAUUUUGUCACGAAAGGAUGAGGAAAGUAUAUAGGUGUAGAAGUUAUAGCCUUGCUCGAGUAUCCCAAAUUUAAGAGCAGUUCGGUAAGUGCUUCAUGAGUCAUUCAUCCUCGAUUUCCUUACGUGUUGUCCUUUGGGUAGGAUGUAAAGCUGUAGUUCCAUUUGGGCCUACAUCAAUGUAUCAAUCAUGAAGGUUGCAUGGUUAUACAUCUCAUCAGAAACUAAUUGAAAAGUCCCAAAGGUGACGAUAUGGAUACUGAUAUUUACUUUCCAAAUGAAGGCGUUUUUGAUUUUUGAAAUUCUUCUCUGUGUUUUACUCAUAUUGUUUAUAUAACUUGAUCGCUUUAUAUAUACCCCUUUAGUUUCUCUCUCCCUCUCUCUUUUUAACAAUUAUGUUGACAAAGUAUAGUACUUGAAGUACGAGUCUUCCAAAUGAUAUUUGUCCUUCUCUUGGAUGUGUUGGGUAGUAAUAUAUUAUAUGAAAUAGUUCUUUGCCAUGUAACUGUACAUAAGAGUAUUAUUUUGUUUCAAAAUACCAUUCCAAAUAUAUAUGGAGAUAAUAAAUAGAACAGUAAAGUAA